CUAAAAGGAAAUUUAUGAAAAAUAAAAGAUAUCCACUUCCUAAAAACCACUUUAAAAUUAACAAAAUAGUUCAAGUUAUUGAACAACCGAAAGAUAAUAACUUUGAUUUCAUUUAUGAAACUGGCGAAACUGGUGUUAAAAUGAAUGAUGGAACUAAAAAAUGGCAACUAAAUGCGAAGCGAAUCAAAAGAUCAGAAGGACAGAAAAAUGAUCAAACGUCAAUUUCUCCUUAUAUUUCUGAACAAUGUGAACAAUGGAGUAAGGAACUUCAAGAUGUUAAGGAUUAUUAUCAUGGAUUGUCUAAAAGUGCGUGUAAAUUGUUCAAAAUAAUAUACGGAAAAGAAGGAUUUAAAGCCAAUACUCCAAAAAAUCUCAACUCAACUGGUACGUUUGAACCGCCACAGUCGUCAGAAUCGUCAUAUUCUUCUUCUGAAUCUUCAUUUCUUGGAUAUCAAACAUCAGAACAGUCGCUUGAAAUGGAGAUGGAUGAUUAUUGUCUUACAAAUAAUAUGGAUCAUACAAAUAAUAUGAAUCAUGCGAAUAAUAACAUAUACGAUUAUGAUCCAAAUAAAAUUAUUUAUUUAAAUAAUAAUAAAUGUCCUUCAGAAUUUAAAGAAUUUCCUGAGCAAUUUAAGACUGGUGGUGAAAUAACAAAUGAUACUGUAGCUAAAAAAUCACAACUAAAUACGAAAGCAAAUAAACCUAUCUGGGGUCUUACUAAUGUUCCGUUCCCUCCAAAAUUAACUGAAGAGGAUAUAAUAAAACCCAGAAAUAAUAAAUGUGACAAAACGAAAGUACCUAAUAAAUUUUUUAUAUACAGAAAAUGGUACACCAUGUGUUUGAAUUCCGAUGAAAAGAAAAACGAUCAAACGUCAAUUUCUCCUCUUAUCUCUAAACAUUGGAGUAAUGAGCCUCAAGAAGUUAAGGAUUAUUAUGCUUCCUUGUCUGAACGUGCAGGUGAAUUGUUCAAAAAAAGAUAUGGAAUAUAUGGACUUAAAAGAAAAACUCCAAAUAAAAUACAAAAAAAUAAGAAACAACGAAACAAAGAAUUACCUGAAAUACAUCCUAAAAAUAAGGAAGAAAAUCUCAACUUGACUGGCAUAUUUGAAUUAUAUCAACCACAUCAACCACAUUUAUCAAAUAGUUUUAUAGCACGUACAUUUCCUGCUGUUCACUCUUCACAAUUGGAAGCCUUGCCACUUUCAUUACAGUUACAAUCUUUACAACAACCUUUACUCAUAUUUGAUCAAUCUUCACAUCUCGAAUCUUUAUCUCCAGACUCUUGA